UUCCCACUGGCCACCACACGCGCGCGCACACGUGCACGGCACCCGCACCUUCCCUUCCCCCGACCGCGCCUCGGCUCGGCCAGUCAACCCAACGAACCCCGGCGGCGCCAUGGGCGACGCCACGGCCCCGGCGGGCAGCAAGACGGCGGAGCUGGACGCACCGCUCAGCGCCCUCGGCUUCGAGAUCGAGGAGGUCUCGCCGUCGCGUCUCACCGGCCGCCUUGUCGUCACGGACACCUGCUGCCAGCCGUUCAAGGUGCUCCACGGCGGCGUGUCGGCGCUCAUCGCGGAGGGCCUGGCAAGCAUGGGCGCGCACAUGGCGUCGGGCUACCGCCGCGUCGCCGGCAUGCAGCUCAGCAUCAACCACUUCCGGAGCGCCGCCGCCGGCGACACCGUCCUCGCGCGCGCCGUCCCCAUCCACAUCGGCCGCUCCACCCAGGUAUGGGAGGUGAAGCUAUGGAAGAUGGAUGCAUCCACACAGGGGGAAGGGCCUCAAAUCGCCGAGGCAAGGGUCACGCUCCUCUGUAAUCUACCCGUGCCGGAUGAGAUGAAAAGUGCGGGAGAAUCCCUUAGAAAAUACUCUAAACUGUAAAACUCGGGACAAAUUAAGCUUGACAUGGGAUGAUCCAUUGAUAUGUGAUUCUGUGAAAAAAUAUUCUUGUAAGCUUCUUACUUUUCGCUUGUGUGAACACUGAUGGAUCAACUCGGCAGAAACAAUCUUCCUGUGUGUGGUUGAUGAACCUCACUAUCCAGCAAUUACUAAUUUCGAA